CCUCCUUCCCCGGUGUUUGCUUUGCUUUCUCCACUUGCGAGGUCUUCUUGGUUUGGAGACCUUGAUUCCGGAGUCACCUCACUUCCCUGCUCCCGGCUGUGAUCAUUGUGCUGGGACUGCGCAGUCUCAAGGACUCCCGCCGCAUUUCCUGCACUUGUCUACAGUGCUGGGAUUACCCAGCCUUGGGCAUUUGUAAAUACCUUCUUGCAGAUCACGCAAGGAUAGUUGGGAGCUGAAAGUGCUGACAGCAUUGGUGCUGUGCUAAAUAGCAAAGAUGAGCAGAGAGAAAUUGCUGAAACAAGAGAAACUUGUAGGGCUUCCUAUGAUACUUCUGCUCCAAAUGCAAAACGUAAAUAUCUGGAUGAGGGAGAGGCUGAUGAAGACAAAGUAGAAGAAUAUAAGGAUGAACUAGAAAUGCAGCAGGAGGAAGAAAAUUUGCCAUAUGAAGAGGAGAUUUACAAAGAUUCCAGUACUUUUCUUAAGGGAACACAGAGCUUAAAUCCCCAUAAUGAUUAUUGCCAGCAUUUUGUCGACACUGGACAUAGACCUCAGAAUUUCAUCAGGGAUGUAGGUUUAGCUGACAGAUUUGAAGAAUAUCCUAAACUUAGGGAGCUCAUCAGGCUAAAGGAUGAAUUAAUAGCUAAAUCUAACACUCCUCCUAUGUACUUACAAGCAGACAUAGAAGCCUUUGAUAUCAGAGAACUCACACCCAAAUUUGAUGUGAUUCUUUUGGAACCUCCUUUAGAAGAGUAUUACCGAGAGACUGGCAUCACUGCUAAUGAGAAAUGCUGGACCUGGGAUGAUAUUAUGAAGCUAGAAAUUGAUGAGAUUGCUGCACCCCGAUCAUUUAUAUUUCUCUGGUGUGGAUCUGGAGAGGGCUUGGACCUUGGAAGAGUGUGUUUACGCAAGUGGGGUUAUAGAAGAUGUGAAGAUAUUUGUUGGAUUAAAACCAAUAAAAAUAAUCCUGGAAAGACCAAGACUCUAGAUCCAAAGGCUGUUUUUCAGAGAACAAAGGAACACUGCCUUAUGGGAAUCAAAGGAACUGUGAAGCGAAGCACAGAUGGGGACUUUAUUCAUGCUAAUGUUGACAUUGACUUGAUUAUCACAGAAGAACCUGAAAUUGGCAAUAUAGAAAAACCAGUAGAAAUUUUCCACAUAAUUGAGCAUUUUUGUCUUGGUAGAAGACGCCUUCAUCUAUUUGGAAGAGAUAGUACAAUUCGGCCAGGCUGGCUUACAGUGGGACCAACACUCACAAACAGCAACUACAAUGCAGAAACGUAUGCGUCCUAUUUCAGCACCCCUAAUUCUUACUUGACUGGCUGUACAGAAGAAAUUGAGAGACUUAGGCCCAAGUCACCUCCGCCCAAAUCUAAGUCUGAUCGUGGCGGUGGAGCUCCCAGAGGUGGAGGGAGAGGAGGCACUUCUGCUGGUCGUGGUCGGGAAAGAAAUCGCUCUAACUUCCGAGGAGAAAGAGGUGGCUUUAGGGGGGGAAGAGGAGGAACACACAGAGGAGGCUUUCCACCUCGGUGACUUUUAAAGACAACCAUCCUUUUAACACCCCUCAAUUUAUUGUGGAGUCUUCAGAACUCUCCUGCAGCCUACACUUGCUUCAGGUUCUCACUCUGUGAGAAGUAUUCUAGGCAUUUUCCCUUGUAGCUGUCACCUAAACCAUGUAUUGUUUUGAGUACCAGUGGUCCAAUCUUCUACUGUGUGCAUGUAGCUGAGCAGAAUGGAAUAGCACACGUAGCAUCACCUUCAAAUUGACUAUUUGGAGUUCAACCAAGGCUUUGCUUUCUAGAAGUAGCUGAACAAGAUCUUUGGGAUAUUUCAUCCUGGCCACACUGCUGCCAUAGCAAAUGGGAAACUUGGGAAGCUUCAAUAGGAUGGAAUUGGGACAGAUGGUAGGUUUCUCGCAAGGUUUUAACAUUUUCUUGUUGAAACACUGAAAAGUAGGCUUUCUUCCUUUAAAAUGUCUUAAACACAACUUCAAAUGUAAUUUUACUACUAGAGACUUGGAGACACUGAACAAAAUCACCUUCAGGUCUGAACCUGAGAGAGAUGGAGUUGCCAGGGGCUAGGGAAAGAAGAGGUAGAACAUGGUGGAUUCAACAACAAAACCAAAAGCUGAUCAUAUUAUGACUUGUGCAGCUACAUAUGAUUUAAUCAUGCUUCUUAGAAGUGAAAUAAUACAAAUAUUUUAAGUGUUAUAAUUCUGGUGUGGACUUGAACUUGGCUUAAUUCUCCUCAGCUAAUGAAAAUAAAGGUAACAGCAGACAUACCUGGUCCUUGGAGGUUUGGUUUAAACGUUUUUGGGGAAUAAAUACUUGGUGAUAAGGAUAUGACAUACAUCUGAAAACUUGUUACUGAAGUUCAUUUAAAAACAAUUAUAGAUAACCCUUAUCUUUGGGGUACAGCUUGGAAAAUAGAACCUCAGGUUACAUUCUCUUAAAACAUAAGGUGCAUCUGUUUAUAAGGGGCUGGUGGUGCAUAUCAGUUAGCUGUAUAAGACUUUGUGCUGUUGUUUGUAUCUUAACUCAUAUUUAAAUGAACUUACUGAAUGAAAUGUUGAUAAUAACUUUUUAUUUUGUUAUAAAUUUUCUAAUGAAACUUUAAACCUUUGA